CGGCUGCUGUGGAUCGGGCUGCAGCGACAGGCCCGGCAGUGCCAGCCGCAGCGCCCACUGCGCGGCUUCACGUGGACCACGGGAGACCAGGACACCGCCUUCACCAACUGGGCCCAGCCGGCCACCGGAGGGCCCUGCCCGGCCCAGCGCUGCGCGGCCCUGGAGGCCAGUGGCGAGCAUCGCUGGCUCGAGGGCUCAUGCACGCUGGCCGUCGACGGCUACCUGUGCCAGUUUGGCUUCGAGGGCGCCUGCCCCGCGUUGCUGGGUGAGGCAGGCCAGGCGGGACCAGCCGUCUACACCACGCCCUUCCACCUGGUGUCCACAGAGUUUGAGUGGCUGCCCUUCGGCUCCGUGGCUGCUGUGCAGUGCCAGGCUGGCAGGGGAGCCUCUCUGCUGUGCGUGAAGCAGCCUGAGGGUGGUGUGGGCUGGUCACGGGCUGGGCCCCUGUGCCCGGCGACUGGCUGCGGCCCGGACAACGGGGGCUGCGAACACGAGUGUGUGGAGGAGGUGGAUGGCCGUGUGUCCUGCCGCUGUACUGAGGGCUUCCGGCUGGCAGCAGAUGGGCACAGUUGUGAGGACCCCUGUGCCCAGGCCCCGUGUGAGCAGCAGUGUGAGCCCGGUGGGCCGCAGGGCUACAGCUGCCACUGUCGCCUGGGUUUCCGGCCAGCUGAGGACGAGCCGCACCGCUGCGUGGACACAGAUGAGUGCCAGAUUGCCGGUGUGUGCCAGCAGAUGUGUGUCAACUACGUUGGUGGCUUCGAAUGCUAUUGCAGCGAGGGGCACGAGCUUGAGGCUGAUGGCAUCAGCUGCAGCCCUGCAGGGGCCAUGGGUGCCCGGGCUUCCCAUGAUCUGGGAGAUGAGUUGCUGGAUGACGGGGAGGAUGAGGAGGAUGAAGACGAGGCCUGGGAGGCCUUCGAUGGUGGCUGGACAGAGGGGCCUGGGAUCCUGUGGAUGGAGCCUACACAGCUGCCUGACUUUGGCCCGGCCUAUAGACCCAGCUUCCCAGAGGACGGAGAGUCGCAGAUACCCCACCCAGAGCCCACCUGGCCUCCCCCGCUCAGUGCCCCCAGGGUCCCCUACCACUCCUCAGUGUUCUCUGCCACUCGGCCUGUGGUGGUCUCGGCCACGCGGCCCAUACUGCCUUCUGCCCACCAGCCCUCUAUUAUCUCUGCCACACACCCAGCUUUGCCCCCUGACCACCAGAUCCCUGUGAUCGCAGCCCACUAUCCAGAUCUGCCCUCUGCCCACCAACCCCACAUUAUCUCUGUCACUCACCCAGCACAGCCCCCUGCCUACCAGCCCCCCAUGAUCUCAACCAAGUAUCCUGAACUGCUCCCUGCCCCCAAGUCCCCUCUGUUUCCAGACACUCAAGUCACUGAUGCCCAGACCACCACUCAUUUGCCUCGAAUCUCAGCUAACCACGCCCCUCUGGCCCCCACCCCCAGUGCCCAUCAACCUUCUCUGGCCCCUGAUGUCCCGGUCCUCAGAACCCAGACCACCCAGCUUCCCAUUAUUCCCACUGUCCAGCCCUCUCUGACCACCCCUCCAAAGUCCCCAGUGCCCCCUGCCCAUCAAGUCCCCAUGCCUGCUGUCACCCAGCCCCCAGCUCUCCCCACUCCCCGCCGUCCUCAGAGCCCCACUAACCAGAUCUCACCCAUCAGCCCUACACAUCCUCAUUCCAAAGCCCCCCAAGUCCCAAGGGAAGGUGGCCCCAGUCCCAAGUUGGCCCCAUGGCGGCCCUCAGAGGCCCCCACAGCAGCCCCCACAGCCCUUGGAGAGGCCGGUCUGACAGGCCACAGCCGGAGGGAUGACCGGUGGCUGCUGGUGGCACUCCUGGUGCCCACAUGCGUCUUCUUGGUGGUCCUCCUUGCACUGGGCAUUGUGUACUGCACUCGUUGUGGCCCCCAUGCGCCCAACAAGCGCAUCACCGACUGCUAUCGCUGGGUCACCCACGCAGGAAGCAAGGGCCCAACGGAACCCAUGCCCCCCAGGGGCAGCCUCACAGGGGUACAGACCUGCAGAACCAGCGUGUGAUUGGGCGCAGACCCCCUGCGGGGUAGGGGGAAGGGACAUGCCCUGGACACAUGGCCAAGGCUGCACCAGGGACCCACAGGGGCUGCCCAGCUGGACAGAGGGUGUCCUGCUCCUGGGCCCAGCCAGGCUCCUCUCUCACUCAACCACUAGACUCAGCUCUUGGAACUCUGCUCCUUGGCCCAGCACUCAUGACAGAGGAUACACCAAGGCUCCCAGCACUUCAGGGGGUGGGUGCUGGGGCCUUCUCCAAUAAAUCGGGUGCCAACCUCA